CAUCCAUCGAGUCCUGUCGGCUCAUGAUCUACACCGCAUUCAUUUAGAUAUGUGCAUAUAACUACUAUUCACCUCUACGUCCUCCUUCUUGCUCUUUGUCUGCUUAUUUAGUGUGCCUGUCGUUGCUUUCCAAGAGAGAGAGACAGCAUGUCCGUCGUCACUGAGGUCGCGAAUAUCAUAACCGCACCCGCGGUCACGGUCACCGAGACUGUGUUUCGAAUUCAAGAGACUUCAGUGCCUCUGUUUUCCGAGGUUGUCUCUAGUAAAGCUGACAAUGGAUUCACAUUCACGCACGGUCUACUGCUAGGCCAACUAAGCGUCGUUAUCAUCCUCUUCACAUUUAUCAGAUUCUUCAUCUUCGCCAACGGCCACGACGCCCCGCACCAGCCCGAACCACUCCCGCCAAACCUGAAAAAGAAACAGUCGUCAAUCAUCCGCCCUGCGCCGCCCGUCCCCGCGCGCUCGAUCCUCGGACGGACGUUUUAUAACGUCGAGACGCAUCCUGCCGAGUCGCUUGAUUGGCUGAACGUGCUGGUUGCGCAGACGAUUUCGCAGUUUCGAGAGGACGCGAGGAUGAAUAAUAAUAUCCUCCAUUCGGUCGAUAAGAUUCUUAAUAGCGAUAAACUGCCGAGUUUUGUGGAUACUGUUCAUGUCACAGAACUCGAUAUAGGAGAGGAAUUCCCAAUCUUCAGUAACUGCAAAAUCCACCCAUGCGCAGACGAUCCAGGUCGACUGGAAGCACGCAUAGACGUCGACCUAGCAGACAGCAUAACCCUCGGCAUCGACACCCGUCUCCUGCUAAACUACCCAGCCCCACUAAUGGCCAUCCUCCCGGUCUCGCUCUCGGUCUCGAUCGUGCGGUUCUCCGGCCAACUCACAAUCUCGUUCAAGACCAUCCCUCCCACCAACACCUCCGACCGCAAGACCUCGCUGACUUUCUCGUUCGCGCCGGAUUACCGGCUCGAGUUUGCGAUAAAGUCGCUUGUUGGCUCGCGCUCGCGACUGCAUAACUUGCCGAAGCUCGCGCAGUUGGUCGAGUCGAGGAUUAGAAAGUGGUUUGUCGAGCGGUGCGUGCAGCCCCGGUUUCAGGAGAUUACGAUGCCGUCGAUGUGGCCGAGGAGGAAGAAUACUAGAGAGUCUUUCUCGGCUGGCGGGCGAUAUUAAUUACUGUUUGUGUAUACUACUUUCGAUUCAAAAUACAUUAUUCUGUACAGACU